AUGGGACAAACCCUAACCACCCCAUUGAGCCUUACUUUAGACCACUGGCCUGACGUCCGCGCCCGAGCCGACAACCUGUCAGUCGAUGUUCGAAAGAAGAAAUGGGUGAUCUUUUGUUCGUCCAAGUGGCCUACUGUUGGGGCAGAAUGGCCAAGAGACGGCACUUUCAAUCUCAAUAUUAUUUCCCAGGUUAAGGCAAAAGUGUUCAGCCCAGGACCACAUGGACACCCGGAUCAACGUGCCUACAUUGUUACCUGGGAAAGUUUGGCACGUGACCCGCCCCUAUGGGUCCAGCCCUUUGUCAUCUCUAAUAACAUCUCUAACAAACCCCAACCUCCUCUUACCCCUACAGCCCCUAAGGCUCCCCCUCCCCAGGACAGCCAACCGCUUGUGCCUCUUCCUCCUGCACCUUCCCCUGCCCCACCCUCUUCUUCCCUAUACCCCACCAUUCUUAAGGAGAAGGUUCCUAAAGAAAAACCUCCGAAACCUACCCCUGCACCCCCUCCCGUCCUUCCUCCGAACCCUGACUCUCCCCUCACUGACCUUCUAUCAGAAGAACCCCCUCCUUAUGCAGAUCCAGAGGAUCCAGAGAGUCCGGAUGGGCCAGAGACUGCAGCGGCGGGUGGACAGCCUGCACAAGUCUCCCCAGCCCCUUCACCCAUGGCGGGAAGACUCCGGGGAAGCCGCGAACCACCCUCUGAUUCCACUACUCAUGCCCUACCCUUGAGAGAGGGCCCAAACGGCCGACAGCAAUACUGGCCAUUCUCUGCCUCAGAUCUAUACUAUUGGAAACACCAUAACCCCCCAUUCUCCAAAGAUCCAAUAACGCUGACUAACCUGAUUGAGUCUAUUUUAGUCACCCACCAGCCCACUUGGGAUGAUUGCCAGCAACUCUUGCAAACCCUGCUGACCUCGGAGGAAAAGCAAAGAGUCUUUUUGGAGGCUCGGAAAAACGUCCCAGGCGACAGCGGUAGCCCAAACCUUUUGCCUAACAAAAUUGAUGAGGCCUUCCCUCUGACGUGACCUGACUGGGAUUUCACCACAGCUGCAGGUAGGGGACACCUACGCCUCUAUCGCCAGUUGCUAAUCGUGGGUCUCCGAGGGGCAGCACGCCGCCCCACCAAUUUGGUCCAGGUUACAGUAAUACAGGGAAAUGAAGAGACACCCUCAGCCUUCUUAGAAAGGCUCAAGGACGCUUAUAGGAUGUAUACCCCCUAUGACCCUGAAGAUCCAGGGCAAGCUACAAGUGUAUCCAUGUCUUUCAUUUGGCAGUCUAGUCCGGAUAUUAGAAGCAAAUUGCAGAGGCUUGAGGGUCUCCAGGGAUAUACUAUACAAGACUUACUAAAAGAGGCAGAGAAGAUUUUCAAUAAGAGAGAGACUCCAGAAGAAAAAGAGGAAAGAUUAUGGCAGAGAAUGAAAGAGCGGGAGGAUGAAAGAGACAAGAGGAGAAACAAGGAAUUAACUAGGGUGUUGGCCACCGUGGUUCAGGGACAGAAUAGAGAGGGAGAUAGGAAGGGAGAACGACGUAGGGCCAAGGUGGACAGAGACCAAUGCGCCUAUUGUAAAGAACGAGGACACUGGAUUAAGGAUUGCCCCAGGAGGAACAAAGGACCUAGGAAGCCCAGGCCCCAAACCUCCCUCCUCACCUUAGAGGAUUAGGGAACUCAGGGCCAGGAGCCCCCUGAGCCCAGGAUAACUCUUGAUGUCGGGGGGCAACCAGUCACCUUCCUAGUAGACACCGGGGCCCAGCAUUCAGUCCUGACCCAGAUUUCAGGGCCACUCAGCGAACGAUCUGCUUGGGUCCAAGGAACCACUGGUGGCAAGAGAUAUCGAUGGACAACUAAUCGGAAGGUUCAGCUGGCUACUGGUAAGGUGACACAUUCCUUUCUGCAUGUUCUGGACUGUCCCUAUCCCUUGUUGGGUAGGGACCUCCUCAUCAAGCUAAGGGCCCAAAUUCAUUUCGAGGACACAGGGGCUAAGAUAACGGGCCCAGAUGGAGGUCCCCUCCAAAUUUUGACCCUCCAGCUGGAGGAUGAAUAUAGACUUUGCGAGCCCCCGGAGCAACAGACAAUUGACAUGGCCCCUUGGCUCAAUGACUUUCCAUUGGCAUGGGCAGAGACCGGGGGAAUGGGGAUGGCUAUACAACAACCUCCACUCAUCAUUCAAUUGAAGACAACAGCUACUCCUGUUUCAAUCAAGCAGUACCCCAUGUCCCAUGAAGCAUAUCAAGGCAUAAGGCCCCACAUAAAAAGACUGCUGGAUCAGGGCAUUCUCACUCCCUGCUGGUCACCAUGGAAUACCCCCCUUUUACCAGUAAAGAAACCGGGGACUGGGGACUACCGGCCAGUGCAGGAUUUGAGGGAGGUCAACAAAAGGGUGGAGGACAUACACCCCACGGUCCCCAACCCCUACAACCUAUUGAGCACUCUGCCGCCAUCCCACGUUUGGUAUACCGUAUUAGACUUAAAGGAUGCCUUCUUCUGCUUGCGGCUGCAUCCGGAGAGCCAGUCCCUUUUUGCCUUUGAAUGGAAGGACCCAGAUCUUGGACUUUCGGGUCAAUUGACCUGGACACGGCUCCCCCAGGGGUUCAAGAACAGCCCAACCCUCUUUGAUGAGGCCUUACACCGGGACCUGGCAGACUUUCGGGUUCAGUACCCUGCCCUGACAUUGCUCCAAUACAUAGAUGACCUCCUUCUGGCGGCUGCUUCGGAGAAAGAAUGUCAGGAGGGUACAAAGGCCCUCCUACAGACAUUGGGACAAGCAGGAUAUCGGGCAUCAGCCAGGAAGGCUCAGAUAUGCCAGAAGCAAGUCAUUUACCUAGGUUAUCAAUUAAAAGAUGGACAGAGAUGGCUGACCGAAGUGCGCAAACAGACUAUCACUAACAUUCCUGCCCCCUGGAACCCCCGCCAGCUAAGAGAGUUCCUGGGAACAGCGGGAUACUGCCGCCUCUGGAUCCCAGGGUAUGCAGAGAUGGCUGCAUCCUUGUAUCCAUUAACUAAACAAGGAACAAUGUUUGAUUGGGGAGAGGACCAACAGAGGGCUUUCAAAAACAUUAAGAAAGCCUUGUUAGCCUCCCCUGAUCUAGGCCUCCCUGACAUUACCAAGUCUUUCGAUUUGUUCGUGGAUGAAAAACAGGGUUACGCUAAAGGGGUCCUAACUCAAAAACUGGGCCCUUGGAGGCAUCCUGUAGCUUACCUCUCAAAGAAACUGGCUUCAGGGUGGCCGCCCUGUCUGCGAAUGGUAGCAGCUAUUGCAGUCCUCACCAAGGAUGCGGGUAAACUGACUCUGGGCCAGCCAUUGACUAUCCUGGCGCCCCAUGCGGUGGAGGCCCUGGUCAAACAGCCUCCAGACCGCUGGCUCUCUAAUGCCCGCAUGACUCAUUACCAAGCCAUGCUCCUGGAUACAGACUGGGUGCACUUCGGACCUGUGGUCGCUCUUAAUCCCGCGACCUUGCUCCCCCUGCCGGAGGAAGCCGAACACCAUGACUGCCUCCAGAUCCUUGUGGAAAUACACGGGACCAGGCCGGACCUGACGGAUCAACCCCUCCGAGAUGCUGACUAUACUUGGUAUACGGAUGGCAGCAGUUCGGCAAAUGGGGAACAAAGAGCGGGGGCGGCAGUGACAAUGGAGACUGAGGUAAUAUGGGCAGAAGCCCUUCCCGCAGGCACCUCCGCCCAGAGGGCUGAACUCAUCGUUCUGACCCAGGCACUCCAGAUGGCAGAAGGCAAGAGGCUAAAUGUUUAUACGAAUAGCCGAUAUGCCUUCGCCACGGCUCACAUACAUGGGGAAAUUUAUCGAAGACGUGGGCUGCUGACCUCAGAAGGAAAGGAAAUUAAGAACAAACUUGAGAUACUGGCACUCCUAAAGGCCUUAUUUUUGCCCCAAAAAUUAAGUAUUAUGCACUGCCCUGGGCAUCAAAGAGGCCAUAGCCCUGAGGCAAAGGGAAAUAGACUGGCAGAUGACACUGCUCGAGAGAUUGCUAUGAAAUCAACCAAGACCUCCCAAGCUUUCCCCUUGAUGAACCCGGAAGAGGCCCCAGCCUCCAGUUCGCUACCCUAUAGUAAAGAGGACAUUGAUCUCCUAAAGAAAAUGGGGGCCACAUAUGACCCCAGAAAGCAACAUUGGGUUUUUAAGGAAAAGAUUGUUAUGCCAACAAAACAUACUUAUAAAAUAAUAGACUACUUACAUAAAUUGACCCAUUUGGGGCCAAAGAAGAUGAAGACCUUGUUGGACAGACAGGAGUCAGGCCAAUACCUCCUGAACAGGGAUGGAACCCUGCAAAAAGUGACUGAUGAAUGCCAAGCCUGCGCUCAGGUAAACGCAGGCAGAACCAAGCUUGGUUCAGGAGUUCGGGUACAGGGACAUCGUCCCAGAGAACAUUGGGAGAUCAACUUUAUGGAGGUCAAGCCAGGUCUAUAUGGCUACAGAUACCUCUUGGUGUUCAUAGACACUUUUUCAGGAUGGGUGGAAGCCUUUCCCACCAAACACAAAACUGCAAAGGUGGUGACCAAAACUCUUGGAAGAAAUCUUUCCCAGGUACGGAAUGCCUCAAGUCUUAGGCACCGAUAA